AUGUCCAGGGGAACAGAGAACGGGACGGGAGUCAGUGAGUUCCUUCUGCUGGGCAUCACCAGUGACCCUGAACAACGCAAGGUCCUCUUCUGGUUCUUCCUGUGCAUGUACCUGGUCACGGUGGCUGGGAACACACUCAUCAUCCUGGGCAUCAGCUCUGACUCCCGCCUGCACACGCCUAUGUACUUCUUCCUCACCAACCUCUCCUUUGUGGACAUCUGCUUCACCACCAACCUGAUCCCCAAGCUCCUGUUCAACCAUGUGACGGGAGCAUGGACUAUCUCCUACCCCCACUGCCUGACUCAGAUGUACUUCCUCAUCACCUUCGCCAACCUGGACACCUUCCUGCUGGCGGCCAUGGCGCUGGACCGCUAUGUGGCCAUCUGCAACCCUCUGCAGUACUGUACCAUCAUCACACCCCAGCUGUGUGGGGGGCUGGCGGCUCUCACAUGGCUGUCAUCCGGCCUCAUCUCUCUGGUGCACACCCUCCUCAUGAGCAGACUGGCAUUCUGCCCCUCUGCCAGGGAGAUCUCCCAUUUCUACUGCGAUGCCUACCUUCUCAUGAAGAUUGCCUGCUCUGACACUCGGGUCAAUCAGUGUGUGUUCCUGGGGGCUGUGGUCCUGUUUGUGGCCCCCUGCAUUCUCAUCAUGGUCUCCUACGUGCACAUAGCGGUGGCUAUCCUCCGGAUCCCGUCCACCUCGGGAAGGUGCAAGGCAUUUUCCACGUGCAGCUCCCACCUGUCUGUGGUCACUCUGUUCUAUGGAACUGUCCUUGGCAUAUACAUCCGACCCCCGGACACCUUCUCCGCACAGGACACGGUGGCCACCAUCAUGUACACAGUGGUGACACCCAUGCUGAACCCCUUCAUCUACAGCCUGAGGAACAAGAACAUGAAGGAGGCUGUGAGGAGGCUCUUCAAUAGAGGCUCCAAGUCCUCCUAG